AUGAGGACACCGUUAUUACUCUCCAAGACUGGUACCACGCACCGGUUCACACCCUCGGUCUCGUUCCGGCACACACUGGUCUCGACACUGAUCAAUGGCCUGGGACGAUAUGCUGGCGGACCCACCUCCCAAUUGGCCGUCAUUUCUGUGACACACGGCCAACGCUACCGUUUCCGGCUUGUGUCUGUAUCAUGCGAUCCAAACUUUAUCUUCUCCAUCGACGGCCAUAACAUGACUGUCAUUGAGGUCGAUGGUGUAAACCAUGCUCCGUUGGUCGUCGACUCAAUUCAAAUAUACGCUGGACAACGGUACUCAUUCGUUCUCAACGCGAAUCAAAAUAUCAGCAAUUACUGGAUUCGCACUGUCGCCAAUGCAGGCACUGCAGGCUUCGACAACGGUAUCAACAGUGCAAUCUUGCGCUAUUCUGGGGCCCCGAUUGAAGACCCGUCUACCCCUGUGACCACAUCGAUCAUCCCUCUCGUCGAAACCGAUCUCCAUCCGAGCGUACCCUCUCCUGUGCCCGGCAAUCCGUUUGCUGGUGGUGCUGAUGUCGCUAUGAACUUGGUCAUCGCUCUGAACUUCACGUCGCUCAAGUUCACUAUUAAUGGCGCCGAGUUUAUCCCACCCACCGCUCCAGUGCUUUUGCAAAUCCUCAGCGGCGCGCAUACAGCGCAGGAGCUGCUACCUACGGGUAGUGUCUAUCCACUCCCUCCCAAUUCAGUUAUCGAGGUAUCGAUUCCUGGGGGUACAACGGGCGCCCCCCACCCCUUCCAUUUGCACGGCCAUAACUUCUGGGUCGUGCGUAGUGCGGGUAGCAGCGAUUACAAUUACAACAACCCCGUCGUUCGUGAUGUCGUGAGCACGGGUCUUUCCACGACGGACAACACCACAAUCCGCUUUCAAACCGACAAUGCUGGACCAUGGUUCCUCCACUGCCACAUCGACUUCCACCUCGAAAUUGGUCUUGCAAUCGUAUUUGCCGAAGAUACCAACACAAUCCAGCACUCGGUGCACCCCGCUGCCUGGGACCAACUCUGUCCCACUUAUGAUGCACUCACUCCAGAUCAGCUGGGCGGACAGUAA